CCAGAGCUCCGCACGCUGCUGCCAGGACCCGUGCCCGCCCCGCCUCCAGCUCUCCUCUCUGUCUAGGUGGAGGCGGCCGGUGACCUGCUGCCGGCUGCCGCCCAGGAGGCUGUGGGCCGCGGCGGUCUUCGAGAUUUGAGCGGAGGAUGCAGGAGCGUCCCGUGGAGGCCGGACGGGCGUAAGGGUGGCAGAGAGCGGCGCCGGGGGCGCUCCGGCGGGGCCCAGACCGCGGGACGCUCGGGCGCGCCGGCCUGUGGCGGGCUCCAGAGGCCGCCGUUGCCGGGACCGCCGGCCCCAGCCCGAGCCGGUAGAGGGCUCUGCCGGGGCCUGGUGCUCGGGUUGCCGCAGCGUGCGUGGAGCUGUGUUGGAGCCUCCUUCCCUGGAGGAGCGAGGCCCCUGCGGCGCCGGGCCGUUUCUCUGAGGGCGUUGGAAGCGCGCCGCGAUGAGGAGCCGGAGUAACUCCGGCGUCCGGCUGGACGGCUACGCUAGGCUGGUGCAGCAGACCAUCCUGUGCCAUCAGAAUCCUGUGACUGGCUUGCUUCCAGCCAGCUAUGAUCAGAAAGAUGCCUGGGUCCGGGACAAUGUGUACAGCAUCUUGGCUGUGUGGGGUUUGGGCCUGGCCUAUCGGAAGAACGCAGACCGAGAUGAGGAUAAGGCAAAGGCCUAUGAACUGGAGCAGAGUGUAGUGAAGCUGAUGAGGGGACUGCUGCACUGCAUGAUAAGACAGGUGGAUAAGGUAGAAUCUUUCAAGUAUAGUCAGAGUACCAAGGAUAGCCUCCAUGCCAAGUAUAACACCAGAACCUGUGCCACUGUAGUGGGUGAUGAUCAGUGGGGACACCUGCAGUUGGAUGCUACCUCUGUGUACCUGCUCUUCCUAGCACAAAUGACUGCCUCAGGACUUCAUAUCAUCCACAGCCUAGAUGAAGUCAAUUUCAUACAGAACCUUGUAUUUUACAUUGAAUCUGCAUAUAAAACUGCUGACUUUGGGAUAUGGGAACGUGGAGACAAGACCAACCAAGGGAUCUCAGAAUUGAAUGCCAGUUCAGUUGGAAUGGCAAAGGCAGCCCUGGAAGCAUUAGAUGAACUGGACCUGUUUGGUGUGAAAGGUGGGCCCCAAUCAGUUAUCCAUGUCCUAGCUGAUGAAGUACAACACUGCCAGUCUAUCCUUAAUUCAAUACUCCCCCGGGCUUCAACAUCCAAAGAGGUUGAUGCUAGUCUACUUUCAGUUGUUUCCUUCCCAGCCUUUGCAGUAGAGGAUAACCAGUUGGUGGAGCUCACAAAACAGGAAAUCAUCACCAAGCUUCAGGGUCGUUAUGGUUGCUGUCGCUUUCUACGAGAUGGAUAUAAAACUCCUAAAGAGGAUCCCAAUCGUCUGUACUAUGAACCAGCUGAGCUGAAGUUAUUUGAAAACAUUGAGUGUGAGUGGCCAUUGUUCUGGACGUACUUUAUCCUUGAUGGAGUCUUCAGUGGCAAUGUAGAACAGGUUCAAGAAUACAGAGAGGCUCUUGAAGCAGUCCUCAUCAAGGGCAAAAAUGGAGUCCCACUUCUGCCAGAGCUGUAUAGUGUUCCUCCUGACAAGGUUGAUGAAGAAUAUCAGAAUCCUCACACUGUGGACCGAAUCCCCAUGGGCAAGUUGCCUCAUAUGUGGGGUCAGUCUCUAUACAUCUUAGGAAGCUUGAUGGCAGAGGGAUUUUUAGCUCCUGGAGAAAUUGAUCCCCUGAAUCGUAGGUUUUCUACUGUACCAAAGCCAGAUGUUGUGGUUCAAGUUUCCAUUCUAGCUGAGACAGAAGAAAUCAAGGCCAUUUUGAAGAACAAGGGAAUUGACGUGGAGACCAUUGCUGAGGUGUAUCCCAUCAGAGUACAACCAGCUCGUAUUCUCAGCCAUAUUUAUUCCAGUCUAGGAUGCAACAGUAGAAUGAAACUCAGUGGACGACCCUACAGACACAUGGGAGUCCUUGGAACUUCAAAACUCUAUGACAUUCGGAAAACUAUCUUUACCUUCACUCCACAGUUUAUAGACCAGCAACAGUUCUACUUGGCUCUGGACAACAAGAUGAUAGUGGAAAUGCUUAGAACAGACCUCUCCUACCUCUGUAGCCGCUGGAGGAUGACAGGCCAGCCCACUAUCACCUUCCCCAUCUCACACACCAUGCUUGAUGAAGAUGGAACCAGCUUGAAUUCAAGUAUCCUGGCAGCACUCCGAAAAAUGCAGGAUGGUUAUUUUGGUGGGGCAAGGGUUCAAACAGGUAAAUUGUCACAGUUUUUGACAACAUCUUGCCGCACACAUUUGAGCUUCAUGGACCCCGGACCUGAGGGUAAGCUGUACAGUGAAGAUUACGAGGACAACUAUAAUGAGCUGGAAUCUGGCGACUGGAUGGAUGACUAUGGUUCAAGCAGUAAUGCUCGCUGUGGUGAUGAAGUUGCUCGUUAUUUAGAUCACCUUUUGGCGCACACUCCUCCCCAUCCUAAACUAGCCCCUACCUCACAGAAGGGAGGGCUAAAUCGGUUCCGAGCUGCUGUGCAAACAACCCGCGACUUAAUGUCCUUGGUGACCAAGGCCAAGGAGCUGCAUGUACAGAAUGUUCACAUGUAUCUUCCUACAAAGAUAUUUCAGGCUUCCCUGCCUUCAUUCAACUUACUUGACUCACUUCAUCAUCCACGAGAGGACCAGGUUCCCUCUGUUCGUGUAGAAAUACAUCUUCCUAGAGACCGGUCCGGGGAGGUGGAUUUCAAAGCAUUGGUUUUACAGUUGAGGGAGACCUCCAGCUUACAGGAGCAAGCUGAUAUCCUCUACAUGCUGUAUACUAUGAAAGGACCUGACUGGGACACUGGAUUGUAUGAUGAAGGGAGUGCAACAGUCAGAGAGCUGCUCACUGAACUAUAUGGCAAAGUUGGAGAAAUUCGUCACUGGGGCCUGAUUCGAUACAUCUCUGGAAUCUUAAGGAAGAAGGUGGAAGCACUCGAUGAGGCCUGCACAGACCUUCUCUCCCACCAGAAACAUUUGACAGUAGGGCUCCCUCCAGAACCUCGAGAGAAGACCAUCUCUGCACCUCUGCCCUAUGAAGUACUUACUCGGCUGAUAGAUGAAGCCAGUGAGGGGGACAUGAACAUUUCAAUCCUUACACAGGAAAUAAUGGUAUAUCUAGCCAUGUAUAUGCGAACUCAACCUGGCCUCUUUGCUGAAAUGUUUCGACUUCGAAUUGGACUGAUCAUACAAGUUAUGGCAACAGAACUGGCCCACUCCCUUCGAUGUUCAGCUGAGGAAGCCACGGAUGGCCUGAUGAAUCUCAGUCCUUCAGCCAUGAAGAACCUCCUGCAUCACAUUCUCAGUGGCAAGGAGUUUGGAGUGGAACGAAGUGUUCGUCCCACUGAUUCAAAUGUCAGCCCUGCUAUUUCUAUACAUGAGAUUGGUGCUGUUGGAGCAACCAAAACGGAACGAACUGGGAUCAUGCAGUUGAAAAGUGAGAUAAAGCAGGUGGAAUUUCGUAGACUGUCUAUCUCAACUGAGAGUCAGUCACCUGGAACUUCUUUGACUCCAAAGAAUGGGUCCUUUACUAGUACAUAUGGUCAACAUCCAUCUAAAGAUAGUCGUCAGGGUCAAUGGCAACGCCGAAGAAGGCUGGAUGGAGCACUGAACAGAGUCCCAGUUGGGUUUUAUCAAAAAGUAUGGAAAGUUUUGCAGAAGUGUCAUGGACUUUCUGUGGAAGGUUUUGUGCUUCCUUCUUCAACUACUAGAGAGAUGACUCCAGGCGAGAUUAAAUUCUCUGUUCAUGUGGAGUCGGUUCUGAAUCGUGUACCUCAGCCAGAGUACCGCCAGCUUCUGGUUGAAGCCAUCCUUGUACUCACCAUGAUGGCAGAUAUUGAAAUUCAUAGUAUCGGAAGCAUCAUUGCUGUGGAAAAAAUAGUGCACAUUGCCAAUGACUUGUUCGUUCAAGAACAGAAAACCCUCGGUGCAGAUGAUAUCAUGUUGGCAAAGGAUCCUGCGUCUGGCAUCUGUACUCUCCUGUAUGACAGUGCACCCAGUGGCAGAUUUGGCACCAUGACCUACCUCUCCAAGGCAGCCGCCACCUACGUUCAGGAGUUCCUGCCCCACAGCAUCUGUGCCAUGCAAUGAGGCCUUUGGGCCCUGGCUGCUGGGAGCUUUUUGACAGCUUGUUCCUGCCUUGGUUGAUUGUGCAUGGAACUGAAAUGCAAUGACCUGAUCACUCCCACCCUGCCCCUUUCCAUCCCAUCUCUCUCAAGACGAGCGAACUUUUCUGAUAAACUAACUGCUUUGGAAGAAGUGAACCCUUGCCUGGAGGCAUAUGCUCACCCAGGCACUUCAUCGUGGGCCUUAAUUCUCUCAUGGCUCAUAAAAGUUUGCAUGUGUUUUUAUUCUCUAGAUCUGUUACCAACUUAGUUUUCUAACUCCUGUUUGGGGAGCAGGUAUUAAUAAUAACUUAUUCCUAAA